UGCGCGGUUCCUCCGCGCCGCCAGGGGGCGCUGACGGCGGCUCCGGCUCCGGUACCAUGGCCGGGGUCGGGGCCAAGCGAGGACCCCCCGAGGCCGGGGGGGGCCCCCCCGAGAAGAGACCCCCGAGGGAGGAGCAGCCCCCGACCACCCUGAUCGAGCCCCUGCGCCUGGGGGGCAUCUCAUCCACGGAGGAGAUGGAUGUCAAGGUGCUGCAGUUCCGGAACAAGAAGCUGGCCGAGCGCCUGGAGCAGCGCCAGGUGUGCGAGGACGAGCUCCGCGAGAGGAUCGAGAAGCUGGAGAAGCGCCAGGCCACCGACGACGCCACCCUGCACCUGGUGAACAGAUUCUGGGCACAGCUGGACUCGGAGGUCCAGGCCCUGCUGCGCCGCUGUGACGGGGACGGGGCCGGGGGAGGGGCCGGGGGUGGGGGAGGGGCGGCCCCGCCCCCCCCCGGGGACCCCCCCGGGGACCCCCCCGAGCCCCCCCUGAACCCCCCCGGGGACGGAGACAGGAGAGAGCCCUGGGGGGGUCCCGAGGAGGGCGUGGCCGCCGCCCCUCCCCCGCCCCGGCUCAGCUUCGCCCCCGAGGCCGUGGCCAGGCUGGGGGGGGCCCUGGGCAGGGUCCAGAGGGGAAUUCACCAGGUGGGGGCGCACCUGAGCAACACAGCGGAGCUGUCGGAGGCCGGGCGGGAGCUGCUGCGCGAGCGGCUCCGGGAGCAUCGGCGGCUGCAGGAGCUGACCCAGAACCUGCACGAGAAACACCAGAGGGAGGCGCUCGAGCUGGCCGAGCUGCAGGACAAGGCCAUCUCGGCAGAGACGAAGGUUCUGGAGAUGGGGACGACGCUGGAGGGGCUGCAGUGGGACAGUGCCAAGCUAAGGAAACGGGAGGGGCGGCUGGACAGACACCUGGCUGAGGCCCUGGAACAGCUGACCUCGGGCUCGUACGGCUCCGGCAGCUCCGGGGGGUUCCAGGGCGGCCAAAUCACCCUGAGCAUGCAGAAGUUUGAGAUGCUGAACGCGGAGCUGGAGGGGAACCAGGAGCUGGCCAAUUCCCGCAUGGCCGAGCUGGAGAAGCUGCAGCUGGAGCUGCAGGCGGCCGUCAGGGGACAGGAGAGACUCAAGGUGGCGCUGCGCUCUCUGCCCGAGGAGGCGGUGAAGGAGGCUCUGGAGUACAAGGUGCUGCAGUCCCAGUUCUCGCUGCUCUACCACGAGAGCCUGCAGGUGAAGACGCAGCUGGACGAGGCCCGGGCGCUGCUGCUGGCCACCAAGAACAGCCACCUGCGCCACAUCGAGCACAUGGAGAGCGACGAGCUGGGGGUGCAGAAGCGGCUGCGCACCGAGGUGAUCCAGCUGGAGGACACGCUGGCCCAGGUGCGCAAGGAGUACGAGAUGCUGCGCAUCGAGUUCGAGCAGAACCUGGCGGCCAACGAGCAGGCGGGCCCCAUUAACCGCGAGAUGCGUCACCUGAUCAGUUCCCUGCAGAACCACAACCACCAGCUCAAGGGGGACGUGCAGCGCUACAAGCGCAAACUGCGCGAGGUGCAGGCCGAGAUCGGCAAGCUCCGCCUCCAGGCCAGCGGCGCCCCUCCCCCACCCAGCCCCGCCCCUCCCCCGCCCGAGCCGCCCCCGGCCCCGCCCCCUCCCAGGCCCCGCCCACCCGGGGGGAGGGGCGAGGGGCGGGAGCGGCCCAAGGGGGCGGGGCCAGAGGAGGGGAAGAAGAAAGACUCGGAGGUGCUGAAACAGCUGAGGGCGGAGCUCAAGAAAGCCCAGGAGAACCAGAAGGAGAUGAAGCUGCUGCUGGACAUGUACAAAUCGGCGCCCAAGGAGCAGCGGGACAAGGUGACGCUGAUGGCGGCCGAGAGGAAGAGCAAGGCCGAGCUGGAGGAGCUGCGGGUGCGCUGGCGGGAGCUGGAGGAGCGCGAGCGCCGCGAGUCCAAGAAGCUGGCGGACGAGGAGGCGCUGAGGCGGCUGCGGAUGAGCGAGGAGCAGAUCGAGCACCUGCAGAGACGGCUGGCGGCGACAAAACAGGAGGAGGAGGCGCUGCUGUCGGAGAUGGACGUGACGGGCCAGGCCUUCGAGGACAUGCAGGAGCAGAACCUGCGGCUGCUGCAGCAGCUGCGCGAGAAGGACGACGCCAACUUCAAACUGAUGUCGGAGCGCAUCAAGGCCAACCAGAUCCACAAGCUGCUGCGCGAGGAGAAGGACGAGCUGGCCGAGCAGGUGCUGGCCCUCAAGGCACAGGUGGAGGCGCAGCUGCAGGUGGUGCAGAAGCUGGAGGAGAAGGAGCGGGGGCUGCAGAGCGCCCUGGGCGCCGUGGAGAAGGAGCUGAGCCUGAGAACGCAGGCGCUGGAGCUGCACAAGAGAAAGGCCGUAGAAGCCGCCCAGCUGGCCGAGGAUUUACGUGCCCAAGGUGAGCACGUGCAGGCGCGGCUCCGAGAGCUCCAGGUGUGCGCGGCCGAGAACCGAGCAGCCAAGGACAAGGAGUCGCUGAGCCUCAAACGCGCCCAGGAGGAGCUGUCGCGGCUGCGCCGGAAGCUGGAGAAGCAGCGCAAGGUCGAGGUUUACGCCGACGCCGACCAGAUCCUGCAGGAGGAGAUCAAGGAGUACAGGGCCCGCCUGACGUGCCCGUGCUGCAACGCGCGCAAGAAGGACGCAGUGCUGACCAAGUGCUUCCACGUCUUCUGCUUCGAGUGCGUCAAGAGCCGCUACGACACGCGGCAGCGCAAGUGCCCCAAGUGCAACGCGGCCUUCGGCGCGCACGACUUCCACCGCGUCUACAUCAGCUGAGGGCCUCGGUCACCUGCUGGUCACUCGUGGUCAUCGUCCGCGGUCACUCGUGGUCAUCCGGGCUCGGUCGUGGCGGUCGUUGGUGUUGGGGUGGUUGGGUGUGGUCAUUUAUGGUGGCCAUUGGUCACUUGGGGGCGUCUCUGAGCGUGUGUUGAUGGCCAGUGGUGGGCAGUGACCACAGGUGGUCAGUCUAUGUCCAUGCUGUGGUGACCAAUGACCACUUGUGGUCACUCUAUGUCCAUCCCUUGGUGACCAGUGACCACCUGUAGUGACCAGUGACCACCUGUGGUCACUCUAUGUCCAUGCUGUGGUGACCAAUGACCACUUGUGGUCACUCUAUGUCCAUCCCUUGGUGACCAGUGACCACCUGUAGUGACCAGUGACCACCUGUGGUCACUCUAUGUCCAUUCUUUAGUGACCAGUGACUACCUGUGGUCACUCUAUGUGCCGUGGUGACCAAUGACCACCUAUAAUGACCACUGAUCACCUGUGGUCACUCUAUGCCCAUCCCAUGGUGACCACUGACCACCUAUAGUGACCAAUGACCACCUACAGUGACCUGUGACCACCUGUGGUCACUCUGUGUCCAUCCCUUGGUGACCACUGACCACCUGUGGUCAUUCUACAUCCAUCCGUUGGUCAUCAGUGACCACUCCAUGAUGGACACUGACCACCUAUAGUGACCACUGACCAUCUGUUGUCACUCUAUGUCCACCUGUAGUGACCAAUGACCACCCGUGAUCACUCUAUGUCCAUCCCAUGGUGACCACUGACCACCUGUGGUCACUCUAUUUCCAUCCCUUGGUCAUCAGUGACCAUCCCAUGGUGACCAAUGACCACCUAUAGUGACCAAUGACCACCUGUGGUCAUUCUGUGCCCACCUUGUAGUGACCAA